AUGGAAGCAACACAGGAAUAUACUACGUCCGUAGGUACAGAAGACGUUGAAGUCGACCCGCUUCAAACAAAAGAAUUCUGGAUAAAAGUCUACGCUCUUGACACUCCCAAAGAAUUUGUUCUAAUAUUUGGAAUUAUAUUCGUACUGAUGAUUCUCUGUGGAAAUGUGUGGGUGAUUAUUGCUGUUGUCCGCCAACCUAAACUACGGGAAUCAGCGACAAAUAUAUUUAUAGUUUCACUUUCAGUUUCUGAUAUUCUCGUUGGACUUGUUACUGUCCCGCAACACGUUGCGGUGUGGGGUUAUUUCAGUUCUUUGCACAAUGUCGUUCUCUGCAAAAUCGUAGGUUACUUGCAAAGUUGCUCCCUUUGUGGUACCACGCUGUCUCUGAUAUGCAUCGGCGCCGAUCGUUACCGAGCUAUUGUGCAACCCCUGCGACCACGAGUGACCGUGGAACAUGCUUUCAUUGGAUGUGGUAUUGUUUGGGCUAUAUCAUUAUUGUACUCUAUUGGUCCACUUAUUUUUAUGGGAUUAAACCCCAAAUAUUCCUCUCCCGGCAACAACACUGCAAUUGAAUACAAAUGCGGUGUACUUUAUGAUCAAAUUGAUUUAGAAACCUACAUUCGGCUGAUCGACCUAAUUGUGUUUUAUCUUAUACCUCUCGUGGUAUUAGUGAUCCUGUACUCUAUAAUGAUAACAACAUUAUGGUUUGGCAAAAGUCCAACUAAUUCGACUACACGUAGCAAAAAGAAAGCUCUUAAGAUGUUAAGCUUUGUGGUUGUACAAUUCAUGGUCACGUGGGCACCCUACCAUUGUUUACAGAUGUACUAUAAGUAUAGCUCAGACAUACCACCCAUUCCUCUUCUUUAUUCUACCGUUCCACUUAACAUAACAUUUUUCAUUUUCUGCUGCAACAGUUGGAUCAAUCCCAUUCUGUACGCGUAUUUCAAUGAGAACUUUAGAAAAGAGUUUGUGCGUUUAUUUCCAUCAUUCAACACAAGCACACAAGUAGUCCCAAGUGCCGGUACAUCACAACGUUCUAAUACUCAUAACUCUACUAAACCAAACACACUGGUCUCGAACGUAACAUCCACGCCUUCUAAUACUUGA